AUCUGAUUGGGAAUCUCGUUUGAGAUAGCAGAAUCCAAAUAAUUUUUGUUUCUUUUUCUUUGUUCCUACGUUAAACGAAGAUUUUAUUCUUUUAAUUCUUCCACAGUUCACAAUGUCUUCACCCAGCAGCCAAAUUAUUCAGCUUUUGAGGAGGCAGGAGUCCUUUUUCACUGGAACAAUAGCCAUAUUGGGCUUGGUAAUAACGGCAUUCACUCCUUUACUGCAAUGCUCAGUCCUCUCUCCGCCCUUACAUUCUUUCAUGCUAUCCACUUAUUGUGUAAUGAUGAUGCUAUGCACUACAGCACUAUGCGCUGAUGUUUGCCUCUGCAGCACUAGUAUCAACUUUCGUGCCCAUCACUGGAGUGGAAUUUUGAGAACCAUUAUCGUCCUGACAGGUUUAUUAACGGUUAUUUCACUCCUUUCCAUUAGCAAACCACAUAUUGCCUCAGUCUCCUUGUUCAUGUGGCUCCUUCUUGCCAUACACCUUAUUCUCAGUCUAUAUCGGGAUUUAACCCAACCCAUUCUACCUAUUACCAUCAACACAACAUCCAAUUCCAUCAGUGUAGUAUUCAAUUCUGUCAAUGCAGUAUUUGGUGUGGUAAAAAAUUGGGCAACAAACUUGUUCCACUCAUACCCUACAAUGCGCCGGUACUUUGUUGAGGGAAUUUCUCACUGAAUGUUGCUUGGUAGGAAAAAGUUGUAGCAUAAUCUAAUCAAAUUUAUGUAUUGUGGAGUAAUGUAUUGUAAUUGUAAUAGGCUGUAAAAUAUAUUCUUUAUUACCAUUAGGCAUUUUUUUGUUUUUUGUUUUUUUUUUUUUUUUUAUGACUUAAGGCAUCGUGUUUUCUUGGUGGAUUAUUUUGUCAUGUAUAAUGAAGUAUUACAAAGUAAUUUUUUAAUAUUAAUAAAAAUUUAUUUAUCUU